UCUGAGUCUUCUGACUUUUUAACACUUCAUUGCAGCUCAGGAACUUCCGGUGGAAAGCGGAAAGCGAUUCCGACAACAGCUGAAGAGCCAAGGCGCAGGGCAUUCUACGCCAGUCUCACUGCUACUAUACUAAACAAGCACAUUGAAUUCUGGAAUCAAGGUAAACAGAUGAACUUUCGAUUCAUCAUGCCAGAAAUGACUACCUUGGGUGGAUUGGUGGUAACUAAUGCUGUAUCAAGCAACUUCAGGAGGAGCAGAAUUCAAAACCGUUCUAAUUGCUGGAAUAAUGACACUAGCCCAGAUCAGGUGAUAUUAUGUGAAGAUAUCAAACAGAGCAUGUACUGCCAAUUACUUUGUGGUCUUGUGCAGCGUGAUGCCGUAGUGAGAAUCGGAACAACUUAUGCAUCCGGAUUUCUUCGCGUCAUCAAAUUCUUGGAGGAGCAUUGGCAAGAACUCUGUUCCAACAUAAAAACAGGAAAUAUCAGUGAUUGGGUCAUUGAUCCUGGAUGCCAGAAGGCUGUAUCUUUGAUUUUGAGCCAACAGAUGCCCGACUUAGCUGAUUCAAUUGAAAUUGAAUGUAGAUCAGGAUCAUGGAGAGGAAUAGUCAAGAGGCUUUGGCCUCGAACCAAGUGCAUUGAGGUCGUCAGUACAGGGACUAUGACCCAAUAUAUCCCAAACCUUGAGUUCUACUGUGGUGGGGUACCUUUAGUUUCAAUGUACUAUGCGGCUUCCGAGGGGUUUUUUGGUCUCAACUUGAAGCCAUUGAGCGACCCUUAUAAUGUGUCUUACACUCUUGUACCAUGGAUGGCCUACUACGAGUUUUUGCGACUAGGUCAUAAGCAGAGUGCUACACAAGAUCACAGCCAAGAUAAUGAUACUAAUUGCAUGAGUACGCUGGGUGAACUCGUCGAUCUUGUCAAUGUGCAAAUUGGUCAGCAGUAUGAACUAGUAGUAACUACCUUUACAGGGCUUUACAGAUAUAGAGUUGGAGAUGUUCUCAUGGUAACUGAUUUCCGUAACAACACCCCUCAAUUCAAAGUUGUGCAACGGCGUAAUGUGGUUUUGAGCAUAGACUCGGAUAAAACAACCGAAGAAGGCCUCUUGAAAGCGGUUUCAAAAGCCAUGCAAAUCCUUGAACCACUUGGCUACCUUCUCACAGACUACAGCAGCUAUGCAGACAUGUCCUGUUUUCCAGGGCACUAUGUACUCUUCUGGGAGCUUCAAAUGAGAGAAAAUGCGGGAACAGCUGCAGUGCUUGAGAGGGUUCAAAUGGAAGGAUGCUGCAAUGCGGUGGAAGAAUCAUUAGAUGGGAUGUACAAGACACUGCGGAGGCGAAGCAAUGUAAUCGAUCCGUUGGAAAUUAGAGUUGUGAAACGAGGAACGUUUGACGGGCUCAUGGACUUGUUUCUUUCUGAGGGUGCAUCUUUGAAUCAAUACAAGACGCCUAAGCGCAUUAAAUCUGAGAAGGGCAUCCAAUUCUUGAACUCAAUGGUGGUGGAAACAUUUUUCAGCCGAGUGUUGCCUGCCUUUCCUCCGACGGGAUGAAUGAAUGAAUGAAAGUUUAGCAUCAAACCGUCUCGAAAUCUUUGUGCAGGAAACUGUCUUGAAAAGACAGAGCCUUAAUUUCAGUUAAUCAAAUCCGGAACAUGCAAUGCAAAUGCAUAUAAAUCAAUUACUAUCAAUUAAUACACAUAAUCCAUCACUUCAAUAUAUGCAAACUUAAUACUUUAAAA